CCCAACGUCUGCGCCGCCGGCCUCGCGCCGCCGCCAUGGCCGACGUGGAAGACGGCGAGGAACCCUGCGCCCUGUCCUCUCACUCCGGGAGUGCAGGAUCCAAGUCGGGAGGCGACAAAAUGUUCUCUCUCAAGAAGUGGAACGCGGUGGCCAUGUGGAGCUGGGACGUGGAGUGCGAUACGUGCGCCAUCUGUAGGGUCCAGGUGAUGGAUGCCUGUCUUAGAUGUCAAGCUGAAAACAAACAAGAGGAUUGUGUUGUCGUCUGGGGAGAAUGUAAUCAUUCCUUCCAUAACUGCUGCAUGUCCCUGUGGGUGAAACAGAACAAUCGCUGCCCUCUCUGCCAGCAGGACUGGGUGGUCCAAAGAAUCGGCAAAUGAGAGCAGUGGAAGGUGUCCUUUGUGCAGUUGUUUGGAGCCCUGGUGGAUCUUGUUAUCAGGUGCCCUACAAAGGCUAGAACUCUCCAGGGGACUAAUUCUUUGAAUCGGAGGCGGUGGAUCUGCGGUCUUUUGGGACUCAUCAGGCACGGGUUAGCCUUUUUCAGUUUUAUUUUCAGAAAUUCUCUACAGUUAAGAAGAUAAUUUAUUCAAGAUGGUCUUUCCUACCUCUGUGGUAUGUGUCUCACACACUGCUUAUAAGUGCUAUAAAGGAGAGAACUAUAAAUUGAACGACGUUUAUAAUUUACCUACUGAUAGCCAAGGAGCUACGGAAGCAGUUCCGUUCAGAAGAGAACUUUUUGCAUGCUUAUGGUUGAUCAGUUAAAAAAAAAAAAACCAAUGUUAUAGUAACAAAUAAAGUGCAGUUGAAAACCCAACUCUUAUCCUUAAUCUGUUCCUAAUAUUUAUUUUUGGCAGGGAGGGGGAUGAUUCAUGAAAUCUUUAUUUGAUAUAAU